CUCUCACAGCCUUCCUGCAAAAUUCGUAUUGUUUUGGCGGGGUCUGUUAUCGUUUGUGACUUCCUCAUGAACAUUAACUUUUCCUAAUACGAACUAUGGAGCGUGGAAGGCUGAGUCGAGCAGUAAGCGGCAGACCAUCGGAUCUGCCGAUGCGCGUGCAAGACACCAACAGAAUGAGCAUGGUGUAUACAACACCGAAGAACAAACAGCCUUCCUUUGGAAAGCUCAACAUACCCAAACCGCAGUCUGGGACCUCUGAGAGGCGGACCAGCUUCUUUGAUGCCCGCCGAACUAGUGGAGCCAGCAUGCCUCGCAACAGCACCAUGUCAGGAUUUGGAGGAAGUGAGAAGAUAAAAGACAGCAGACCUCUGCAUGAUAAAGCGUUUGUUCAGCAAUGCACCAGGCAGCUGCACGAGUUCUUGACAGAGCACAAUUACCCAGGCCACUUGUCAGCCAAGACCCUCGUGUCCCCCUCCACCAAGGAGUUUGUGAAGGUGUUUGAGUUUGUUUACCGUCAGAUAGACCCCACGUUUGAGAUGCCAAACUCAAAAGUUGAGGAGGAGGUUCCAACUCUCCUUAAAACCCUGAGGUAUCCAUUUGUACUCUCCAAGUCUUCAAUGUAUUCCGUUGGAGCCCCCCACACCUGGCCUCUGGCCCUCGGUGCUCUCACAUGGAUGAUUGAUCAUGUCAAGAUUGUCUCGUAUAAGAGUGAGCAGGAGACGCUGUUCCGUGACUUCUGUGAUGGCGAUGAGGACAUCGAGGAAGGGGCUGAGUAUAACAAGCUUAUCGAGGACUACUCGGCUGAGGGAUACUCCAAGUUCAUGAAGGGCGAGGACACGUUUGACGACAUGGAGGAUUUAUUCCUCAAUAAACUAACCAAACUUUAUAACGUUGACGAAGUCCUUCUGGACUCGAUGGAGGAGAAGUACACAAUCCUCAGCACUGAGCUGGAUCUACUGGAGAAGGACAGCCAGACGGACCGUCUCACGACCAAGAGGAUGGCAAGAGUGAAGCUGCAGACAGACCUGAAGAAACUCCAGAGUUAUCGAAGCAGCCUGGAUUCCUUUAAAGCAAACCUGGAGUGCAAAUAUUCAGAACUGAGUGAUGAGCAGGAGACUACUGAUAGUCACCUGGAGUCUCUCAAACAUGAGCAAAAUGAACUGCAGCAACUCCUGAAGAACCAGAAGUUUACUCCAGCUGAUGUGGAGAGGAUCACCAGAGAGAAGAGAGAGCUCCAGCAGACCAUCUCCAGCCUCAGCAAGUCUCUAGAAGAGACUGAGCAGCACAAGUGGAGCGAGGAGAUCGCCCUGGCCAAAUUCAACGAAAAGGCGGAGCUGAAGGUGGCAGAAUACCACAAGCUGGCCCGUAAACUGAAGCUGAUCCCGCUGUCUGCAGAGAACGCCUGCGGUCAUGAUUUUGAGAUCAGGCUGUUUGAGUCGGGUACCAUGGAUCAGCAUAAAAUUAAGAUACAGAUGCUCCUGAGAAAGCUGGUCGGUGACGUGGAGGAGGAGAACAGUCGCCUAGCCAACAUGAAACUUAGUUUGGAAGAGUUUUAUGAACAGGUGGGUUGUAACAUCUUGGACAAGUCCAAUGACCUGAAGAAUCUGAAAGAGCAGAUCCGCAAGGUGGAUGAGCGUCUGGAUUCUGACAUGCAGGAGUUGGCACAGGAGGAACAGGACUGGGCCACAGAGAUGGAGACAGUGGAAAACCAUCGCAGUAUUCUGAAGAAGAAAGUUAAGUAUGGAUACGACGAGGCCGUGCAGCAACUGAAGGCAGCACAACAACAGUACCACCUUGUGCUGCAGGAGACCAAUGAGGAGAGGCGAACUGUAGCAAACAACCUCGCGUCUGUAUUUACCACAGCUGCCAACCACCUGUCAAUCACAGAGAAGUGCAUGGAGGACCUGCACAGCGGAGUGCAGCGUGUCUGCUCCAAGGCUGUGGAGGACGAUGACGCCGCUAUACAGAGGCUGAGGGAAAUUUUGAAGAGCUUCACAGCCAAGGCCAACAGUUUGUAAAAAGAGGCGGGAAAAGGCCUUCCAGUCUGCAGGGGGCAGAUAACUCAAGAGACUGGAAGCAUGGGGAGCUUUAUCUGACAUUUGUGUUCUUAAAUUGUUUGUGAAAUUGUUCCCACAUUGUUUGUGUCUUAGAUUUAGAUUCUCAUUCAUUAGUUCAUAAUCGUUCACUUACCCUGUAUUAACAUGUUCCAGGUUUUCACGUUGGUCUUUUGUGUCAUUCUUUAUCAACACAUCAAUGUUUUUUUAAUUAUUAAACACUCGUAUACUAAAUAAAAACAACUUAUUACUUGUGCCCGAAGAAACAUAUUUAGAUUUAUAAGAACAAAUGACCAAGCCUUUUUAUGAUUGGUCUACAGACAAACUUUGGGUAAGUAUCUAAUAGUACAACCGUUUAAAUUCUCAGAUCACAUAAAGAAUCACACUUAUUUAAAGUCGUGACGUUUUCCUUUUUCCAUUACAUUGCAUUACAUAUAUAUCUAUAUCAAAUAGUUUCUGAGAUGCAGCCAUUUUCUUGUCAACAGGAAACCAUCAAACUAUGUUUUUUCCUCAAAUAUAAUGUAAUCUAUAGAAAUGUAAAUCUAACAUUUUGUCAAAAUGUUGUUUGUAAACUUGCUAGUUUGUGGUGUAAAGAAACAUCGUCAGUCUUCAUUUGGUCGUACUGUAGCGGUUGAGCUGAAGCCACUAGAGGGCAGCACAAUCUUUCGGUUGCUCAAACUGAUAUAUAUAUAUCUAUAUAUCACAAAUACACAAACACAAUUCUUAAAAGGCAAUUAAUUUUGUAAAAAUAAGCCUGACAUUUUUAUUAAAAUGUAAUAAAACUCAA